AUGAUACCCGGAGGACGCCUGACACACCACUCGUCGCUCCACUCCAGUUUUGUUUUUUUCUUCUCUUUUGUCACGCUUUUUGAGCCCUUCCAGAGGCUAUUGGUUUAUGUCCUUGGAUUUUGUCUCGACUUUCUGGCAGAUGAGAUUGGUUGGGGGCUUAAGAUUGUGGCCAAGGAUGCCUGCCUUUUUUUUGUCUGUUAUGUUUUCCUGCAUCGGAUGAGAUACAACUCGGCGCACAUGGCCGCUCAGAUUUGGAGUCGGCAAGCCAGGGGCACAACCCGCCUGGCAUGA